AGGUUUGGCGGUAAAUGGAAGCUUGAAUUAGUUUUGGUGGAUUGAAGUGUGAACUGAGAUGAGAGAAUGAAAACGAGAAUGGAGGAAGAGGAAGAGUUAGAGGAAGAUGAAGUGGCAUCGUGUUCUUCUGACUCCGAUGAUCUUGAAGUUGAACAACGGAAAUCGCAAAAUGUGGAAGCUCUCAUCGGGGGCAACCUCAUCGUGAAGAGACAAUCGUUACUACCGCGAGUUCUUAGGGUAGAGGGAGCGGCCGUUUGCAGAAAACCCUUUAAACCUCCAUCCUCUAAACCUUACAAUCAUCAAGACCUUACGCGUAGGCUUUCUGCUCGCAAAAGGUUUGUCCCAUGGCGCUCUUCACCUAUUCCUAGACCACCCCUCUUGGAGUUGAAUUUGAAUUUGAAUUUGAAUUUGAAUCUUGAUGUUGCUGAGGAUGAUGAGCAUUUGCCUCCCGAGAUUGAUCCUCUAGUACUGUGGCACCCUCAGCACUGUGAGGAUGGGGCUUCUACUUCCAAUUUGACAACAAUAUCAGUUGUCCCUUUGCUUGUUCGUUUCCUUCGUCCACAUCAGAGAGAAGGGGUUCAGUUUAUGUUUGAUUGUGUUGCCGGACUAUGUAGCACACCAAAUAUACAUGGAUGCAUUUUGGCAGAUGAUAUGGGUUUGGGCAAGACAUUGCAGUCUAUCACAUUACUUUAUACUCUUCUUUCUCAAGGGUUCGAUGGGAAGCCAAUGGUUAGAAAAGCCAUCAUUGUGACUCCUACUAGCCUUGUCAGCAAUUGGGAAGCCGAAAUUAAGAAGUGGGUUGGAGAAAGAGUUCGUCUCGUUGCUUUAUGUGAAAGCACUAGAGAAGAUGUUGUCUCUGGGAUUGGCAAUUUUACAAGUCCCCGAAGCAAUUUACAGGUGCUCAUUGUUUCAUAUGAGACGUUCCGAAUGCACUCAUCAAAGUUUAGCUCUAGUGGCUCCUGUGACCUCCUCAUCUGCGAUGAGGCUCACAGACUAAAAAAUGAUCAGACAAUUACAAACCGGGCACUGGCUGCUCUCCCAUGCAAACGUAGAGUUUUGCUGUCAGGAACUCCUUUGCAAAACGACUUAGAGGAAUUCUUUGCAAUGGUUAAUUUUACUAAUCCAGGAAUAUUGGGUGACAUAGCACAUUUUCGACGUUACUAUGAGGCUCCAAUUAUUUGUGGAAGAGAACCUACUGCCACCACAGAAGAGAAGAAGCUAAGUGCUGAACGCACAACUGAAUUAAGUGCCAAAGUUAAUCAGUUCAUAUUAAGAAGGACUAAUGCAUUAUUAUCGAAUCACUUACCACCAAAGAUAGUUCAAGUUGUUUGCUGCAAGUUGACUCCACUUCAGUCAGACCUAUAUAAACAUUUUCUACAAUCCAAAAAUGUUAAACGGGCAAUUAACGAAGAACUGAAGCAAUCAAAGAUUUUGGCCUACAUAACAGCUCUCAAAAAGUUAUGCAAUCAUCCAAAGCUCAUAUAUGAUACCUUACGAAGUGGGAGUCCAGGAACUUCAGGUUUUGAGGAUUGCAUUCGAUUUUUCCCUCCGGAAAUGUUAUCUGGAAGGUCUGGAUCAUGGACGGGUGGGAAUGGAGCCUGGGUUGAGCUAUCCGGUAAAAUGCAAGUCUUAGCAAGAUUGCUUGCUCAUCUACGCCAGAGAACAAAUGAUCGCAUUGUCCUUGUUUCAAACUAUACUCAGACACUUGAUCUUUUUGCUCAAUUGUGUCGGGAACAAAGGUACCCUCACUUGAGGCUUGAUGGCACCACAUCAAUCAGUAAAAGGCAGAAGUUAGUAAACUGCUUUAACGACACAUCAAAGGAUGAAUUUGUUUUUCUCUUAAGCAGCAAGGCUGGUGGUUGUGGACUCAAUCUUAUUGGUGGAAAUCGACUCGUCUUAUUUGAUCCUGAUUGGAACCCAGCAAAUGAUAAACAAGCUGCAGCAAGAGUGUGGAGGGAUGGACAGAAGAAAAGAGUUUACAUUUAUAGAUUUUUGAGUGCCGGAACAAUAGAAGAAAAGGUCUACCAGCGUCAGAUGUCUAAAGAAGGGCUGCAAAAGGUCAUUCAGCGGGAGCAAACCGAUAGCCUUCUAGAACAGGGUAACUUUCUUUCGACAGAGGAUCUUCGCGAUUUGUUUACUUUUGAUGAGAACCUCAAGUCAGAGAUUCAUGAAAAGAUGCGAUGCAGUCGGUGCCGAAUAAUUGAUGAGCCGCAAAGCUCUGACGUCCUAUCAACAAUAGUUAAUAGUGAAUCUGAUGAAGAAACCUCUGAUAUAGGUGGAUUUGCAGAAAUUGCAGGCUGUUUAGAGAAUUUAAAAGGAUCAGAGAAGCAGAUUGGGACCCCACUGGAAGAAGAUUUAAGUAGUUGGGGCCAUCAUUUUUCCCCAACUUCUGUACCAGAUCCUAUCCUUCAGGCUUCAGCUGGUGAUGAGGUGACUUUUGUGUUUACAAACCAAGUUAACGGAAAGCUGGUACCCAUGGAGUCCAUAAUCAGUCGCCAGCUAGAGCAAAAGGAACCUAAUAAGCCAAGGCAGAACAUCAAACAAAAAUUCACUCCCUUGAAAUUAGCAUUUAAUACUAACCACACUCAUGUAAAUAAUAAAGUAUUACCACAGAAAAGAUCGUAUCCUGAUCAUGCCAAUGGUGAUGAUCUUGAGUAAUACCUCACGUGUUUUCAUCUAGGUUUGAUGGAUUUACCCUCCUAUUUUGGAAAUUAAUGGCGUCAUAUUAUUGUUAGCUGAA